AUGGCCGACGCGGCCGCGCCGCCGCCGCCGCUCACCGCGACGACCAAGCCCAAGGCGCUGACGUUCGCGUCCGCGACGCCCCCCGGGUCGGCCUACGACGACGCGUCGUCGGCGGACAAGCCGCGGGCCAAGGUCGCGCGGCGGAGCGACGCCGCGCCGCCGCCCGAGGCGCCGCGCGACGACGGCGCCGCGGACGCGCCGCCGGACGACGAGCCCGGGGACGCCGCGGACGCGCGCGCGCGGCUCGGCGCGGCGCUCCUGCGCGUGCUGCGCCGGCUCGGCGCGGCCCGCGACUGCAUCGGCCGCACGCGCGGGCCCGACGCGCUGCGCCACCUCCACGCGGUGCCCGCGCGCCACUUCGAGACGGGCUGGGUGCAGCACCACGUCGGCAAGGUCCACUUCGAGGCCGCGGACUACGAGGCGGCCGUGCGAAGCCUGCGGACCAUGCGGCGCGUCGAGCCCCACCGCAUGGCGGGCCUCGAGCUCCUGUCCACGGCGCUCUGGCAUUUCAAGGACGACGUCGAGUUGUGCUACUUGGCGCGGCACUGCGUCGACUUCGACGCGCGGAGCCCCGAGGCCUGGUGCGCGUCCGGCAACUGCCUGUCCCUCCAGAAGGAGCACGACGGCGCCAUCCGCUGCUUCCAGCGCGCCAUCGCGGUGGACCCGCGCUUCGCGUACGCGUACACGCUGUGCGGCCACGAGUACGUCGCGAACGAGGACUUCGAGAAGGCCAUCGGCAUGUACCGCCACGCCAUGCGCAUCGACGAGCGCCACUACAACGCCUGGUACGGCCUCGGCGCGAUCUACUACCGCCAGGAGAAGUACGAGCUCGCGGAGUACCACUUCGACCGCGCGCUCUGCCACAACCCGACGAGCUCCGUGCUCCACUGCUACCUGGGCAUGACGCUCCACGCGAACCAGAAGUGCCACGACGCGCUCCGCCACCUCCGCCGCGCGGCGCUCAUGGAGCCCAAGAACCCGCAGGCGCGCUUCCAGUGCGCCAACGUGCUCAUCAGCCUCGACAAGUACGAGGACGCCCUCGCCGAGCUCCGCGCCGUGUCCGACCACGCGCCGCGCGAGGCGUCCGUCCACUUCCUCAUGGGCAAGGUCUGCAAGAAGCUCGGCCGCCUCGACGACGCGAUGAUGCACUUCACCUUCGCCCUCGACCUCGAGCCCAAGGACAACAACCUCAUCAAGUCCGCCAUCGACCGCCUCGAGGAGCCCGACGACCUGGAAGGCGUGGACGACGAGGACGAUGACGUGGAAGUU